AUGCCGCUGCGGGCGGUGGCGCUCCGGGCGCUGGCGCUGGUGCGGACGCUGGUGGCGGCGCUGCGCGGGCGGCUGGAUGCGCUGUGCUGGAGCCUGCAGCCUCUCUCCCUGAUCCUGCUCGGCUGGAGCCGGAGCCCGACCCUCAGCGCCGCCGCCCCAGCGGGCAGCCAAUGGGAGAAGGAGUGGGAAGCCGCCACCCCGACGCCCACCAGCGUUAAUUAUCACUUCACUCGGCAGUGCAACUACAAGUGUGGCUUCUGCUUCCACACGGCCAAGACCUCCUUCGUGCUGCCGCUGGAAGAGGCCAAGCGGGGACUGAAGAUGCUCAAGGAGGCAGGGAUGGAGAAAAUUAAUUUCUCAGGAGGUGAACCCUUUCUUCAGGACAGAGGGGAAUUUGUAGGCAAACUGGUCCAGUUUUGCAAGCAGGAGUUGAAGCUGCCAAGCGUCAGCAUCGUCAGCAACGGCAGCCUGAUCAGAGAACGGUGGUUCAAGAAGUAUGGUGAAUAUUUGGACAUUCUGGCAAUUUCCUGUGACAGUUUUGAAGAGGAGAUCAAUGCCUUGAUUGGCCGUGGCCAAGGGAAGAAGAGCCACUUGGAAAACCUGCACAAGCUGAGACAGUGGUGCCGGGAGUAUGCUGUGGCUUUCAAAAUCAAUUCAGUCAUCAACAGAUUCAAUGUGGGGGAAGACAUGAACCAGCAGAUCAAGGCCCUCAACCCCAUCCGUUGGAAGGUUUUCCAGUGCCUGCUCAUCGAAGGGGAGAACUGUGGUGAGGAUGCCCUGAGAGAAGCAGAGAAAUUUGUUAUCAGUGAUGAAGAAUUUGAAGAGUUCCUGACUCGCCACAAAGACAUCUCCUGUUUAGUGCCUGAAUCUAAUCAGAAGAUGAAGGAUUCCUACCUCAUUCUGGAUGAAUACAUGCGCUUUCUGAACUGUACAAAGGGACGGAAAGAACCUUCCAGGUCCAUCCUAGAUGUUGGUGUAGAAGCAGCUAUCAAACACAGUGGAUUUGAUGAGAAGAUGUUCUUCAAAAGAGGAGGGAAAUAUGCUUGGAGUAAAGCAGACAUGAAGCUGGACUGGUGACUCAACCUCAGUGAGAGACUACAAGUGCAAUAUGUAAAGAAGAGAGACAUUGUCUCCCAUGGGCUCCCAGCCAGCUGUGCACACCUGCACACCACUGCGGUGAGUUAUCAGGACCAGAUCCUGUAUUGGCUGCCUUUAGCUACGGAGCUCAGUCUCCCAUGCAGCUGUGUACUCUAUUGCACACCCACUGCCUUAUCACUGCCUGGUAAGCGCCACUGCCGCCGAGUUAACCAGGAGCAGACUCCACUUGUCUGCACGUGAUCAGCCUGCUGGCCAGCAUGAGACCCUGCUCAGACUGCACAGCAUCCUACUCCUGCACCUGAGGUCCUGCCAAGAGUCCCUGGACAGAGCCUCCAGAAGAAGCCAGGAGACAAGGGCAGAGAUUGCAUCCUUUGCCAGGAGAACAAGGUCAGAGACUGUCAUUUCUCUGGGAAGAUUUCCUUUCCCCUCAAGCCAGGAGGAUUCCAGCCUCAAAGUCCACGGGCAAAGGCUCCCCUGAAGUUUGGACACUAGCAAUAGGCUGUGCUGUAGCCCCAGAGGGUGACUGAUAAUUAAUAAGAAUUUGUAAGUAAAUGCUGUAAUGCCUCUGUAAUUUCUAUUGCCAACUGCCAUAGAGCAGAAAGAGCUUUCAGCCCACCUGCUGGGCAAGUAGCAUAUAGACCCCAAGCAGCAUUAAGCCGUGAGGAAACUCCUCUCUCUGUUUAUAGUUUGAACUGUUUGCUAGUUAUUAAUUAAUAGGUUAUGGUGUGGUAUUAAUCCUAGAAUGUCUUUCAUAACCAUUUAAGAUCCUUUUAACAUUAAAAUACAGUGGUUGGGGGUGGCGAGAGUUCAGAAUAUUGAAGUUUAAUAAAUAUAUAUUUUUUAUAGACUAUUAUCUCACACCAAUUAAGUUCUCCCCUCCGCCACAAUCGGCGUAGGUGGCAGAAAACCCUGUGGGAAUGCAGAAUGCAGAAGAGUUGUGGGGUGCAG